GAUACAAUCAAAAUUCUUCAGCCAAUAAAUGAUGUAACUGAGCUAUUAUCUGGCUCAUCUUAUCUGACAAUUGGUGAUAUGUGCAUUAUAAUAAUAAGUUUGCUUGCGCAUCUUGAUAUAAAUAGCAUCAAAAAUGUCAAUAGUCAAGUUGAAGUAUAUUCUCUCAAGAUGAUUAGCCACAUGCAAGAUUCACAGAAAAUGUAUGACAAAUACAAUCCAGAUAAUAUACAAACAGCACUAUCCAGACUAACCUCAACUCGUAGCAUAUUUCAAGUCCUCAUUCAAAGUACAUCAUCGAAUAAUCAAUAUAAUACUCACAAAAUUGAACAGUAUUUCCAACUUCUACUUGAAGCAGAUCAUAUUAAUCCUCUUGAAUGGUGA